AUGUGGCCAAAUUUACUGGAAUUGGAAAAGCGAAUGCCGCUGCUGCUGCUGCUGCUGCGGCUGCCAGUUGGUGGUUUGGGCAUAGUAAAUCCGUCGAAUGAGUCAGCCAAUAUGGUUAUCUAUAUGCUGCCCGCAAAGGAUGUGGGCCCGCACACUUGGCAGGUGGGCGUCGACUGUCUGGACAGCUUUGCGCAGAUCUUCUUCUAUCGCAAUCCGUUGGAGCGUUUCACGCGCUCCUACAAUCUGAUGCUGACCAAUGUCUUUAACAUGUCACUGCCCGCCGCUCUGAUACAGCAGGGCUUCAGUAAGCGCAUCAAUGAGGCUAUCAGCGAUCCGAAGAUGCCAUCGGACCGCGAGUUAUUUCAGCUGCGCGUCAUCUCGGAUCAUCAGAACAGGUCGAAGGUCUUUGGAGAGCUGCUGCUGGCGGAUAACUAUGUGAUUGUCGUGGACAGCGUAGAGAGUCUGCACAAGCUCAUGGCACGCUAUGUUAGCCAGAGUCGCUCCUGGAAUCCGGGCGCCCGCUUUCUGGUGCUCUUCCACAAUGCCCAGAUGCGUGACAGGCCCUGGACAGUCGCAUCGAAGAUCUUCAGCGAUCUCAUGAGCAACUUCUACGUGCAUCGUGUGGCGCUCAUCUUUGCCAACUCUUCCACAGACUACAACCUGCUGGUCAACGACUACUACAGCAAUGUUGACUGUCGCGUGCUCAGCGUUCAGAGCGUGGGCCAGUGCUACGAUGGUCAGCUUUAUCCCACACCACAUGCUGUCCAUGUCGCCAUGUCGGACUACAUCAGCGGCUUUAGCCCGAGAAACUGCACUUUCUACGUGUGCGCCUCCAUUGCAGCGCCCUUCGUUGAGGAGGACUGCAUUGUGGGCAUCGAGAUGCGCAUAUUGGGAUUUAUGCGCAGUCGCUUACAGUUUACGAUAAAUCAAACCUGCUCUCGAGACACGCGAGGCGAAUUGGAUGAAAAUGGUAAAUGGAACGGUCUGCUGGGCAAAUUGGAGAAUGGCGAGUGUGACUUUAUCAUGGGCGGCUUCUAUCCGGACAAUGAGGUUGAGGGCAUAUUCUGGGGAUCCGAUUGCUACCUGCAGGACGCGCACACCUGGUACACAAAGCUGGCAGAUCGUCGUCCGGCAUGGCAGGCAAUGGUGGGCAUUUUCGAGCCAUUCACCUGGAUGUGUUUCCUGCUGACGCUCGUGCUGAGCUGGCUCUUCUGGUACGCGCUGGUCACGCUGCUGCCGGAGCCACAGUAUUACCAACAGCUCAGCCUGACUGGGAUCAACGCGCUGGCGGUGUCCAUAUGCGUCGCUGUACAGGAGCGACCCAUUUGCGAGACGACGCGCAUAUUCUUCAUGAUGCUGACGCUGUACGGCAUCAAUGUGGUGGCUGUAUACACAUCCAAGAUGAUAGCCACAUUCCAGGAUCCGGGCUAUUUGCAUCAGCUGGACGAGCUGCACGAAGUGGUCGCGGCGGGCAUACCCUUUGGCGGCGAGGAGGAGUGUCGCGAUUGGUUUGAGAAUGAGGAUGAUCUGUGGAUAUUCAAGGCCUACAAUUCCACGAAAGCGUUCAGGCCACGUACGGAGAAUCUGAAGGAGGUGGAGCUGGGCAUGCGCUGCAUACUGAGCAGCCGCAUGUAUAUACUGCAGAAUCUCCAUGCGGAUGACAUAUACGCCUUUCCUCAGAAUGUCUUCACAAGCCCCAUGCAGCUAAUUAUGAAGGCGGGCUUUCCAUUCCUUUACGAGAUGAACAUGAUAAUACGCUAUAUGCGCGAUGUGGGCAUCAUACAGAAGAUCGACUCGGAUUUUCGCUAUAAUAACACAUACUUGAAUCGCAUUGCCAAGAUGCGACCGGAGUUCGCAGCCACCGUCAUUGUGCUGACCACGGAGCACCUGAAGGGACCAUUUGGCAUACUAAUUGUGGGCAUAUGCAGCGCCUCGCUGACAUUUCUGGGCGAGCUGAUCUGCGGCUAUCGCAGCCAUAGACGCAGGCAGCGUCGACGCCGGCGGGAACGGGUACGGCGGCGGGGUAGCGGCAAGUGGCACAGGGAGCGGCAGCAAGUGCGCCGGGCGGUGGCUCCGGUGGUGCGUUUUACUCCAGUUAAGCGACGCAAAGUCCUGUAA